AUGGCUACAUCAAAAACAAUUUCAGAAGCAUUGAAUCUCAUAGACACGAAGAAAGAGAAUCUCAAAAAAGCCUUCGAAAAUCUUCAACCCCACUGUUCCUUCCUUCAUACGCUUCCUCUUUCAUGGCUCGAACUCGAUUCCCAUUUCACCUCUCUCCAACACUCCCUCACUAACCGCUUCCAUAUCCUCCAAUCACUCGAACAAUCACAUUCUCAAUCCCAUUCAAAAACCCUAACUUCAUACACUAACAACCGAACAUCCAAGUAUUCUAACUUUCCGUCCAACGCUUACGGCAUUUCAUCGAAUCAGAACAAAUUGAACAUUCUGUGUGAGAAGAUGGAUGGUAUAGGGUUGAUGAAUUACGUUACUUAUAAUUUCAAGGAUAAAGUUAGGGUUCAGGAGGAACUGCUCGAAGCGCUUCGGUAUGCUCCGGACGCAGCGGUGUUGGUUUUGCAAAUGCUGGAAGGGUUUCAUGGGUUGAAUGGUAAUUGUAAUGAUUGGAGAUUGAGGAAGAUGGGGAUGGUUUGUGUUUUGUUGUUGAGGCUUCUAAGUUUUGCUGGUGUGAAUGUGAGCUUUAAGGCUAGGGAGAAAGCGGUGAAGGUGGCUCUUGAUUGGAAAGUGAAUUUGAUGGGUGAUUGUGGAAAUAUUUUGAAGGCGUUGGGGUUUAUCUAUUUGGUUUACGCGUUUGGUAUUGUUUCUGAAUUCAGCACGAAUGAGCUUGUUGAAAUUUCUGCUGUGGCUGCAAUUAAUUUAGAAUUCAUGCAGCUUUGUCGUGAUGUUGGUUUGACGGAUAGGGUUCCUGAGAUUGUUCAGAAACUUGUUGAUAGGGGCAAAUAUGUUCUGGCUGUCAAGUAUGUUUUUGAGUUUAAUCUUGCUGAUAAGAUUCCACCAAUUCCUAUUUUGAAAGCAUGCGUGGAUGCAUCUGAGAAACUUGCUACAAGACUUUCCCUGGAAGGAAGGCCACGGAUAGAAGUUACUGAUAGAGAAAUGCGUGUACUGAAAACGGUAAUUGAGAUUAUUGAGAAUUAUAAGCUUGAAUCUGAAUAUCCACUAGCUAGCCUUGAGCAGCGUAUAGAGCAGUUGAAGGGGAAGGGUGCAAAUAUGAAAGACCAAUCACCGGCUUCUAUUCUAACUAGACAUACACUACAACGACGACAACGAAAGAGAAGGAUGAAGAAGCAGCAGCAAAAUGGGAUCAAGCUUCCUCGAACAUCCACUUCAGUUGGUCCAGAAGCUGUCCUCAUGAAUGUCAGUAAUAAUAAUUCAACAAUAUGCCAGUACGAACAACCUCUUCUCAAGUCCUCAGGUUUGUUUCCAAACCAUCCAAAUCCAUACGCAAGCUCACCAGCCACUCCGCUUGGCAUGGUUGCCCCUACCCCAACCAUGCCUUCUUACACUGGUCCUUCAGCUGGUCCCAGCGAAAACCCCAACCUAGGUGGUUCUCAUCUAAACUCAUCAGAGCCACAUGUGCCAUCUGCUUAUUAUGAUGGUACUUACUAA